CAGUCUGCCAUGCUGAUCACAUGCUGGUAUUUAUACCUGGCAGCUCGGAGCAUCGCCCAGCAAUCUUUUAAUAUGGCCUCAAUCCUGCAGAAGCUCAUCACCCCGGUCUUCAGUGGUCCACCUGAGCCGCCCAGGAAUAAAGUGACAGUGGUGGGCGUGGGCCAGGUCGGCAUGGCCUGUGCCAUCAGCGUCCUGCUCAGGGAGCUGGCUGAUGAGCUGGCCCUGGUGGACGUGAUGGAGGACAAGCUGAAGGGGGAGAUGAUGGACUUGCAGCAUGGCAGCCUCUUCCUCAAAACUCCAACAAUAGUCGCAGACAAAGAUUACUCUGUGACAGCAAACUCCCGCAUCGUGGUGGUGACAGCCGGAGUGCGUCAGCAGGAGGGGGAGAGCAGGCUGAACCUCGUCCAGAGGAACGUCAACAUCUUCAAGCACAUCAUCCCCCAGAUUGUCCGAUACAGCCCCGACUGCAUCAUCAUCGUGGUUUCUAACCCAGUGGACGUGCUGACCUACGUGACCUGGAAACUGAGCGGCCUCCCCAAGCACCGCGUCAUCGGCAGCGGCACCAACCUGGACUCGGCACGCUUCCGCUUCCUGAUGGCUGAGAAACUGGGAAUCCACGCCAGCAGCUUCAACGGGUGGAUCCUGGGAGAACAUGGAGACACUAGUGUGCCUGUGUGGAGCGGAACAAACGUGGCCGGAGUCAACCUGCAGAUGCUUAACCCCGACAUCGGCACCGACUGUGACGAAGAGAACUGGAAGGAGACGCACAAGAUGGUGGUGGACAGUGCUUAUGAGGUGAUCCGACUGAAGGGUUACACUAACUGGGCCAUCGGUCUGAGUGUAGCUGACCUGACAGAGAGCCUCAUGAGGAACAUGAACAGGAUUCAUCCAGUCUCCACCAUGGUGCAGGGCAUGUAUGGAAUCGAUGAUCAGGUGUAUCUGAGUCUGCCCUGCGUGCUGAACAGCGGGGGCGUGGCCAGCGUGGUCAACAUGACCCUGACAGAAGACGAAGUGGCCCAACUGCAGGACAGUGCCAACACCCUGUGGGACAUCCAGAAGGACCUGCAGGACAUCUAG